AGCGCCGGCUCUGGGCUCGAAAGUCUACAAGUGACUGUGCCAGCGCUCUCAAGCUGAGGGAAUGGACCCACACACACGGAGCCACUUGGUGCAGCGGGUGCAGCGCUACUUUCUUGAGUUCCUCGAAACCUUCAGACUGCCGGGGGAGGAUGGCGAGCGCGAGGGCGAUGUUUACUACAUCAGCCAAGCAAAGGCCAUGGUGAAGGAGAACAAGAAGACUCUCUACAUCAAGAUGGGUCACUUGGAGCAGGCAGACCGCGACGCGGUGUCCUUUGAGCCACAAGAUCUGAUUGCGGUGAUCACCAGCAGGUAUAUGGUUGUGCGAGAUGCCUUGAAUGCUGCCCUGCCGCAGCUGCUUUCGAAGUUGGAUGAUCCGGAGGUGCAGGCGGAGGUGCAAAAAAUGGAUGAGCUAAAAUUCACUGUAGCAUUCCACGAUUUGGCCACCUACAGCGGCAUCCGCGACCUGCGAACUGAAAAGCUGGGCAGGCUUGUCACCAUUUGUGGCACUGUCACACGCACUACCGACAUCAAGCCUGAGCUACUGGUUGCCACAUGGAAAUGCAACGAGUGCCGACGUGAAAUCACAGGCAUUGCGCAGGAGUUCAAGGUGACCACUCCCACGAAGUGCCCGACGAAGCACUGCGGCAACACUUCGAACUGGAAGCUGCUGGCGGAGAGCCGCUCGACGCGGUGGGGUGACUGGCAGCGGGUGCGGCUGCAGGAGAACGAGAACGAGGUGCCGGCGGGGUCCAUGCCGCAGACCAUGGACAUCAUCGUGCGCGACGAGAGCACGGAGCGGUGCAAGGCCGGAGACAAGGUGCAGAUCACCGGCUCGCUGAUCGUGGUGCCGGACGUGCCGACGCUGAUGAGCCCCUUGGAGCUGAAGGCCACGGUGAGGAGGUCGUUGAACAGCCGCAGCGACCCUUCCUACGCCGCGGGCGAGGGCAUCCGCGGUCUGAAGGCGCUGGCCAACCGCGACCUCACCUACAAGCUGGCCUUCUACGGCACUCACAUUGACGAGGACUCUGAUUGGGCUAGCCGUGGCAGCGAGGAGAAGAGUGAGAACAUCCGUUCUGAAGAGAAGAUGUACCUUUCGCCUGUUGACAAGGAGCGCUUUGAGCAGCUCGCGGAGCACGUGGGCGGGGGCGGCAAGCGGGACUGCCUCGACCUCCUGGCACGGGCGGUGGCCCCAUCCAUCAACGGAUACCUCGAGGUCAAGAAGGGCAUCUUGCUGAUGCUGGUGGGCGGAUCAAAGAAAUCCACCAUGGAGGGAAUUCAGCUUCGCGGAGACAUCAACGUUUGCCUGUUGGGAGACCCGGCGACGGGCAAGAGCGAGAUGCUGCGAUGGGUGUCCAAAUUCCUCCCGCGGGCGGUCUUCACUUCAGGGAAGAGCUCCACUGCAGCAGGUCUCACUGCAUCCGUGGUGAAGGAUGCCGACCUUGACAAUGAGAGGCUGAUCGAACCCGGAGCCCUGAUGCUUGCAGACAAUGGUGUUUGCUGCAUCGACGAGUUCGAGCUGAUGGACGUCAAGGACAUGGUCGCCAUCCACGAGGCCAUGGAGCAGCAGACCAUCACCCUGUCCAAGGCUGGCAUCCAGGCGACGCUCAAUGCCCGCGCUUGCAUUUUGGCAUCUGUCCUGCCCAAGAACACAUACUACCAGGCCACGUUGCCAUUGCACAAGAACUGCGAAUUGAGCCCUCCUAUCAUGUCGCGCUUCGACCUCUUCUUCGUUCUCCAGGACAUCCGCGACGAGACGCAGGACCAGACGGUGGCCAAGCACAUCAUCACUCUGCACCAGCGCAAGGAGGAGGCGGCGCCUACCGUUUCCCAGCUGGACCUCCAGAGGUAUAUCCGUUUGGCGCGCACCUACAAGCCCAAGAUCUCCCCAGAGGCACACGCGCUGCUGAUCAAGUGCUACAAGAAGCUCCGCGAGGACCGCAGCUAUACUCGUGGCUCGGCAGGUGUCACAGUGCGGCAGCUGGAAAGUCUCAUUAGGCUGUCAGAAGCCAUCGCUCGGGUUUACCUCAGCGAAUGGGUGAGGCAAGAGCACGUCAAGGAAGCCUUCGAGCUCCAGAUCUCGUCUCUCCGCCAAGCUGAGCGCGAGAGCAUUGACCUGGGCACGGACGAUGUGGCGCCCAGCAACAAGCGUGGCCGUGAGGAGGAGGGAGAGGCGGCGCCCCAGCGGCACAAGCGAGUCCGCAUCACGCAUCCUGAGUACAUGCGAAUGGGUCAGAUGCUCUUAAGGCACCUUGCGGAGAAGGACGCUGCUGGGACGAAGAUGACAGAGGGUGAUCUCAUCACCUGGUACAUGGAGCGGGUGGAGCCGGACCUGGUGACAGAGGAGCAGCUCUUCCAACAGCAACACCUGGUGCAGCUUGUGGUGAGCCGAAUGAUCGACAAGGAUCGCGUCAUCUUGGUGACCCAGCCCUCCAAGGACCCGCUGGCGCCAGAGAGCCGUGUGCUGCAGAAGCAUCCCAACGUGCCGGUGGACAGCUUGGAUCGCAUGUAGGAAAGCAGCUUGAAAUGCGCUGGGGGCAGAGUCUCACAGCGCUCUGCAUGACGGCAUUUCAAGUUAAUUCCUAUGCAAGCCGCAGCCUUGCGGCACCAGCUUGUAGAUUCGCAGAUUGUGUUUUUUUCUCACUCCACGGGAUUACCCGUGGAACCUGGGGGAGAGCAGUGCCGGCCACUCGAGACGCAUCUGGGGCGGGGGAGCACUGUGGCAGUGUGGUGCACACAGUGCACGCAGUGCACGGCUCCAGGGGCGAGUUGCUAUCCGUUUCGGGCGAAGCGAGCCAA